AUGAACAACUUGGGGGGUGGAGGUAGGGGGUUGGGGCGGUGGGAUUUUGAUGCAUUCAUCGCUUACACACCUCUCAAUUCUCUUCCUGUUGGUGGAUCUGCUCUUUUUUGCUCUCGAUCGAGGGUUUUUUGGGCUUUCAAGUCUCGGAUUUCUUUUACGUCUUCCUCAACUGUACUCAUGCAGAAAUUCUUUGGUGAAGAUGUUCUUUACCAUGGUAUGCCAAAAUACCAUGCUUCAGAAGAGUCAAAUCUCUUCUUGUCCCUUGGUCACCAUGUCGAUGUGUACUUCCCCCCUCGCAAGAGGUCAAGAGUCAGUGCCCCUUUUGUGUUCUCUGAACAAAUCUUCAAAAAGCAGCAAACCACCAUUGAUGCUCUUCCUGAUGAAUGCCUCUUUGAGAUCUUCAGACGCCUAUCUGGUAGCCAAGAAAAAAGUUCAUGUGCUUUUGUCUCAAAACGUUGGCUCAUGCUUUUAAGCACCAUCCGCAGGGAUGAAGUCAAAGAAACAGUGUCAUCCAUUUCUAACAAGAAACAUGCAGAUCUUGAAAUCAACAACGGGUUCCUCACAAGGUGUUUAAAAGGAAAGAAAGCAACAGAUAUCAGGCUUGCAGCUAUCAGUGUUGGAUCAAGUGGUCAUGGAGGUCUUGGUGAUCUUUCUAUUCUUGGAAACAAUGCUAGCAAAGUGACAAAUGUUGGGCUCAAAGCUAUUGCUCAUGGGUGCACUUCUCUUAGAUCUCUUACCCUAUGGAAUCUCUCUUCCAUUAGUGAUGAAGGUGUUGUUGAAAUUGCCAACGAGUGUCACAAUCUUGAAAAGCUUCAACUUUCUCAAUGCCCCAACAUUUCCCACAAAUCUUUAAUCGCGAUUGCAAUCAACUGCCCUAAUCUUACAUCACUUUCAAUCGAAUCUUGCUCAAGCAUCACAAACGAAGGCCUUCAAGCAAUUGGUCAAAAAUGCCCAAAUUUAAAGUCGAUUUCGUUAAAAAACUGUUCUCAAAUCGGAGAUCAAGGGGUUGUAAGCUUGGUAUCAUCAUCAAGUUCUUCUUUGAUGAAAGUGAGACUCCAUGCUUUAAAUGUUAGUGACACAUGUCUUGCAGUUAUUGGACACUAUGGUUUGUCGUUGACCGAGUUGACUCUAGUUGACCUUCAUAACGUAACCGAAAAGGGGUUUUGGGUCAUGGGCAGCGGUCAAGGGUUACAAAAUCUGAGGUCAAUUGUGAUUGUUAACUGUACUGGUGUGACCGAUCUUGGGGUUGAAGCUUUGGGCAGGGGCUGCCCGAAUUUGAAACUUGUUUCCAUUCGGAAAUCAGGUUUAUCAGACAACGGGCUUGUAGCAUUUGCUAAAGCCUCACAAUCACUCGAGACUGUUCUUCUAGAAGAAUGCCACAUCAUCACACAGCUCGGAAUCUUUGGAUUUGUUGUGAAUUCGGGUGCAUUAAAGAAUCUUUCUUUGACAAAAUGUUUUGGGAUUAAAGAUUCACCGAUGAUAAUCCAUUCGACUUUAUCCCCUUGCAAUUCCCUAAAAUCUUUAACCAUCCGUAACUGCCCGGAAUUUGGAAACUUCAGCUUGGCUUUAUUGGGACGGAUUUGCCCCCAGCUUCAAGACAUUGUGUUAACCGGGCUCUCCGGAAUCACUGAUUCCGGAGUUGCAUCACUCAUUCAAAACUCUGAAUCCGGUCUAACGAAAGUUGAUCUCAGCGGGUGUGUGAAUCUAACGGACAAGAUCGUGUCGGAAAUCUCCAUGGCCCAUGGUGGGACCCUUGAAGUCUUGAAUCUUGAUGGUUGUGGAUUGAUUACUGAUGCAAGUGUGGUGACAGUUACUCAGAACUGCUCAUUGCUUAGAGAACUUGAUGUUUCAAAAUCUGCAAUCACUGAUUUUGCAAUUGCAGCAUUGGCAUGUGCUGAGCAUUUGAAUCUUCAGGUUCUUUCGGUUUCUGGAUGCCAGGUUUCAAACAAGAGCUUACCUUUCUUGAAGAAGUUGGGCGAAUCACUUAUUGGUUUGAACAUGAUGCAAUGUCGUGGGGUCACAAGUGCUGCAGUUGGUGCUCUUGAAGGGCAAAUAUGGAAAUCUCUCUUUUUUUCCAAGGGGUUUGGCUGCCAGAUUUUCUUGAGAAUACUGAUGCUUGGUUUUGGUUCUUGGAGACAACCUUUAGCAAUGGGUCCUAGUCCUAGUCGUUGGUUACAGGUUGUCAGGGAUUCAGGCGGUGGUGGCUUGGUGGUUUUUGUGGGAUUUGGUCAUGGUGGGUGGUUAUUCAGCCUAUUGUGA